AAAUAUUAUAUUUGUAUUGGUUGAAAAAAAAUAUCGGAAUGCUUUUUUAAUGUAGAAAGUAAUAUUUUCUAGCCAUGUAUAUAAGAAAGGUUAUAAUUUCGAAAAAAGAAAACAGAACCUCUUCUGGGAGAUAGCCGGCUUGUCUCAAGUUUGUUUGUAUCGAAUAAGUUUAUGUCUGUUAAGUGCGCCAAACUGUUUAUAAUCUUUCUUAGCUCAUGUCAAUAUUAAUUUGAGACUUAUUUAUGAGAAAAGCUACAUUUUAUUAUUUUUAUCAUGGAACUUCCUGCAGCUCCACAAGAUAUAGAACUAAGGAACAUAAUUGACAAACUUGCCCAGUUUGUUGCUCGCAAUGGCCCCGAGUUCGAGCAAAUGACAAAAAAUAAGCAGAAAGGCAAUCCCAAGUUCGGUUUUCUCUUCGGAGGAGAAUAUUUCAAUUAUUAUCAAUAUAAAGUUACCACUGAGCAAGCCAUUCUGAAGGUGAAAGAAAAUAGAGAUGUUGGAAGUACUACAAUGAACGCCAAUCCAGUUUUGAAUUCUUCUACAAAUUCUAAUGCAUCUGCUAUUAGUGCUUUAUUGAUGAAUGCAGUGCAGGGAAUAGCUUCACAGAAUAACGUUCAAACUGUUAUGAAUAAUGUAGCUACUCAAGGUGCUGCAGCUGUAAAUUUGCUCUCACAAUGGUUAGUGCAGGCUGCUCCUCUUCAGCCAACGAUGGAGUCCAUCGCAAGAGAGCAAGCUGCCCUGCAAGAGCAGACCCACCAGUCCCAGCAGAAUCUCAACGCCCAGCACCUAGUUCUCAUUCAACAGCAAGAAGCACAAGUAGAAGAAGCGAUAAGAAAGGCUGAGAGUGACAAGCUGAUAAGGGAAGCUGAUGAGCUGGGAAUAAACCUUACAGAUCUCGAUAAUAUCUUGCAGCCGAUCACUGAUACAUGUACUAAGGAUUCUAUAUCUAACGGGAAAGCUUGGAUUCUUCAAAGAGCUACUUCUAAGUCUGUCAACGAUCUGCUGGCCCGAUAUCUACUUCAUAAGGUCCUCGAACCAGACAAGACGUUCAACCAUAAACUACAUAUUAUCUACCUAGUCAACGACAUCCUCCAUCACUGUGUCAGAAAACAUACAGAAGAAUUCAAGAUUGCUUUGGAGCAAGUCGUAGUUCCGAUGUUCUGCAAUGCUUCCCUCGGAGUAAAUGAUGAGCAACAAGCCAAAUUAAAUAAAUUGCUAACCAUUUGGGAAAUGAAGAACCAUUAUUUUUCUGAUGAGAUUGUCUCCCAACUCCAUGACCCGGUCGUCUCCUGGACGCGAUAUAAGUCUGAAAGAGCAGCUGAUCAUAGAGAAAUCGUUGACCGACUGACAGCAGAUACUAAAUCUGCUUUCUUGAAUUUUCAAUCGCAGCAUCUCGCCUUUGUUUCUCACACCAUGAGGCAAAUACAGACCUUGGAACAGCAGAAGCAGCAGUUGGAAGCUGUGCAGAAACAGCAGCAACAAAUACAACAGCAGCAGCAACUGCAACAACAACAAUUACAGCAAACUCCUCUUCCACCACAACAAGCUGCCCCUAUCUUCGCUCAGGCCAGCCAGCCGCCGCCUCCCGACUUGAUCCCUCCCUCUCAGGCGAGCAGCGGGAACGAGCCCGCGCCGCCUCCGCCAGACGUUUGGCAGCCCGCCCCCGAACCUCCUGGCACCCAGCCAGCGUUGGAGCCUCACUUCCCUCCGGGGACAGGACCACCGAACACCCACCCUGAUCUGGGGAUCAACAUGUCGCUACCUCCCCCAGGCUUCCUUUUCCAACCGCCUCCUCCCACCAUAGAGUUGCCCGAUCUUACUAGGCCACCGCCUGGGUUUGCACCUGUCCAACCAGAGAUACAACCGGAAGAUCUCCUUCCAUCGCUUCCGUAUUUCGAUCUGCCUGCUGGCCUCAUGGUUCCUCUUAUCAAGCUGGAAGACUACAAGUACAAACCGCUCGACCCAGAUGCUAUCAGACUGCCUCCACCAGCUCCUCCGUCGGAGAGGUUAUUAGCGGCUGUCAAGGCUUUUUAUACUCCUCCUGGUCACGAUCAACCUAGGGACAGCGAUGGUUGGGAAAAGCUUGGACUCUACGAAUAUUUCAGAGCAAAAAUAUCAGCUAGAAAACAGAAAGAAAAAGAUAUAGAAGACGGCUUAAGGGAAAUGUCAAGAUCUCCUAGUCCAGUAAAAAGUUGGCAAGAAGUCAACAGAUCACCUCCACCAAAGCGAAGAUAUUCCAGUCGGAGUAGAAGCCGUAGCCGAGAGAGGACCGGCAAGCAGCGACGCCGCAGAGAGCGAAGCCCACAGCAGCAGAGGCAGGACUCGAAUAGCUCUCCUCCUCCUCAGUUCAUGGGUAUCGGUUUCCGUUCCGAACCUGACGAGAGGUCUGAAGAGCGACUGACCGAAGGCAACAAGGGCCACCAGAUGUUGAAGAAGAUGGGCUGGUCUGGGGCUGGCCUCGGCGUCAAAGAGCAAGGCAUCGAGACUCCCAUCCAAGGAGGAGAUAUUCGUGACAGGAGCGACCAGUACAAAGGAGUCGGAGUGAAUUUGAACGAUCCCUACGAAAACUUCAGAAAGAGUAAAGGACAGGCAUUCAUAACUCGAAUGAAGGCUCGGGCAGAAGAGAGGUCUUGAUUAUCGGAGAUUGCACCAGGAAUUGGCGACAUCCCUCUCGACCAUUUGUCGCAAUGAUAAGACUAUGACUACGUAUCGGUGUCAGUGCUGAAAACUUACGUCUCCUUAGUCUCUUUUCAUCGGUACCUGACUGCUUUAAAUCCAAUCGAGCAGUUGUAGACAGAUAGCAGUGGUGCUAAAGUGUCGCAAUACGAGAAUAACUUGGUUCUACUUGAAGCUAUUGCCCUGUAGGACUGGUCCACUCUGCUACCAUAGCUAAUAGAAAAUUUUAUAUAUAUAUAUAUACAUUAUUUAUUAUAGUUCAUUUAUUAUCAGAAAAUGUUUUUAUUUAAACUUAACAUUACACAUUGAAGUUUUCAGAUUUGUAUUAUCUAUGUUAGAUUUAAAAAAAAGCAUAUCUUUUAAGUGUAAUUAUUUACACUACCUCAAAAAAUAAAAGGUUAACAUAAUCGAUGCAUUUAAAUAAUUGAAAAAUUUAAUUAAUUAAGAGAUGCUCACCCAGGAGUGUCCGGCCUAGGAACAUCUAACUUCAAAAUUAUCAAGUAGCUGUCCGGAGAGGUUUUUAGUCAUAUAAAAAAACAAAUAAGUUCAUUUUCUGAAAUGUAUUUGAUAUAUAUUACUAAACUACUUACUGUCUCGUAGCCUACAUUGUACAGUCGUCGUCAUACAAAUUGUAUCACCUAGGAAAAAUUGUAUUUUAUUUACCAGAUCGCUAUCUGCAAGAUCUCAGCAUAUUUCUUUGCCAGUUUUGAAACAAUAUUCUAAAAAUAAUCACACCAUUAAGCUGUCAAAUUUUUUGUUUGUUUUAUUCUUCCCGUUUUUUUUCAAAACUAUGACUACCGUUGAUUGGUGAUACCCUAUCCUCGUUAUUAUUUCCUGUGGAAAUUCCUUUACUUCAUGCUUUCUGAUGAGGACAGUUUUUGAUAUAGAUCAUAAUUACAGCUUUUAUUCUGACAGUUAAAACGGAACUGAGAAACUUUGUUUUAAAGUUUUCUUUUACCUUAAUAAGCAAAGAAAAAAAAAACAUUCAAUGGAAUCAACGUUAUAAACAUAGAAUAAAAAUAAAUAGGUGAUACCAUUUCUAUGACCAUGACUGUAUUAAUUAUAGUAUAAUUAAUUGUUAUUAACUGUUUCAAUAAUAAAAAUAUAUAAAGGGCAGCGUCAGAAAAAAAUGAUGCCGUAGAAGACUGUAUUUUUUUAGUCAACAAAAGAAAUCGUGACUAAUGAUUAAAUUUCGAGUCCCUAAAAAUUUAAUUGUUAUUCAUGAUUAAUAUUUUAGUCAUAAUAUUGUUCAUGACAAAUUCAGAAUAAAACUUUAGAAAAAAUUAAAAAUUAAAUCGAAACAGUCAGAUCAUGUCUGAUUGUUAUUGUAAACAAUGAACUGUUAAGUCAUUUGCGAUGGAAUUAACAAUGAUGAGCGAGUAAUUUGUGAUAGCUCCAUUAUUAUUCAAUAAUACAUAGUACAAACUGAAUACUUGACACAAAUAUGAAUCUUGUAAAAGUGUUAGUGCAACAAAGAUUUUGGUUAUUCAGUUUAAUGUUCAAAUAAUUUGUUGUAGUAUUGAUAUGAAUAAAGUUUAUAAUUAUUGACUCAAAAUUAAUCAAUCUAUUCAAGUUUUUUAGUAUUUUUUCUCAUAGGAUACAUUUUUAGUCAUUUUCAAUAAACUUUAUUUGUGAUUAAAAAUUUAGUCAUUUUUUCUUAGUUGGGUAAAAUUUUAAUGGAAUAAUACCCAACUCUGAAAAAGGGAGACUUUUUUUUUUUUUUAAAUUAAUCACCUAUACUAUAUAGAAAUAAUUAUUGUGAAAAUAGCAGGGUAUUACACGGUUUAUAAUAUUGGAGUGAAGAAAAAAUGUCACACCUCAAUAAGGGGAAGCUUUGGUUAUAAAAUGUGCUAUAAGUUAUAGCAUUCCUGAGAUGACAAAAAAUCUUUUAUUGAAAAGACAAUCUUUCAUUUUUUUUUUUAAUUUAAAAAAUGUUCUUAUUAAAAAUUUGAUUCAAUAACAUAACUGUGUUAUGUUAA